GCGCGUCCGGAACAUCGGCGGCUGCCCGGGUGACUCGGUUAUCUGUCACGGAAUAACAUUCGAGAAUGGGACAUGGAAUGAGGCGACGGUCGCCGCAGCCCCGGGAGCUCUCUGCAGCAAUGAGGCCGGCCCGAGGCCCGGCCGGUGAGCGGGAUUCCCUUCGCGCGUCCUGCGGCCGCGAGAGAUGAAGGCCGCCCCCGGGGGGCUCUGAUUCCCGGCGUGCCCACGUGCCCACGCCCCCCGCCGCGUGCCCCUCACCAUGACCGGCUCCGCCGCCGACACUCACCGCUGCCCCCACCCCAAAGGUGCCAAAGGCACCCGGUCCCGGAGCAGCCACGCGCGGCCCGUGAGCCUCGCCACCAGCGGGGGCUCGGAGGAGGAGGACAAAGACGGCGGGGUGCUGUUCCACGUGAACAAGAGCGGCUUCCCGAUCGACAGCCACACCUGGGAGAGGAUGUGGCUGCAUGUCGCUAAGGUCCACCCCAAAGGGGGAGAGAUGGUGGGAGCCAUCAGAAACGCUGCCUUCCUGGCUAAGCCUUCAGUUCCCCAGGUCCCAAACUACAGGCUGUCCAUGACGAUCCCGGACUGGCUCCAGGCCAUCCAGAAUUACAUGAAGACACUACAAUACAAUCAUACAGGGACCCAGUUCUUUGAAAUCAGGAAAAUGAGGCCUCUGAGCGGGUUAAUGGAAACGGCGAAAGAGAUGACCCGAGAGUCCUUGCCAAUCAAAUGCCUUGAGGCAGUCAUCCUGGGCAUAUACUUAACCAACGGCCAGCCUUCCAUUGAGCGGUUCCCCAUCAGCUUUAAAACCUACUUCUCAGGAAACUACUUUCACCACGUCGUGCUGGGGAUUUACUACAACGGCUACUAUGGCUCCCUGGGCAUGAGCCGAAGGGCCGAGCUGAUGGACAAGCCGCUGAUCUUUCGGACCCUGAGCGACCUUGUCUUUGACUUUGAAGACUGCUAUAAGAAGUACCUGCACACAGUCAAGAAGGUCAAGCUCGGGCUGUGCGUGCCGCACGAGCCUCACAGCUUCCAGCCCAUCGAGUGGAAGCAGCUCGUCCUCAACGUCUCCAAGAUGCUGCGGGCUGACAUCAGGAAGGAGCUGGAGAAGUACGCCAGGGACAUGCGGAUGAAGAUCUUGAAACCGGCAAGUGCCCACUCUCCAACCCAAGUGAGAAGCCGGGGGAAAUCCCUGUCUCCCCGAAGGAGACAAGCAAGCCCUCCAAGGAGGCUCGGCAGGCGAGACAAGUCGCCUGCUCUAUCUGAGAAGAAGGUGGCUGACCUCAGCACUCUGAACGAAGUGGGCUAUCAGAUCCGGAUCUAGCCAGGCCAGGCCAGCAAGGUGUCUAUGGUGCUCUUUUCUGCUUUCCCCAGCAGCUUCAGGAGGAGCUGCAAGUAUUCCUGAAGAACUUGUGCAGUUUCCAUUUUGAAGGCUUUGCCUGGAGAUAGAGUCCGAGUGGGUGGAAGCAGUGAGCUUUGACAAACUCACCAGGCAGCAGGCAUGACUGACGUGAUGGACAAACCCUGGGUUGACUGUCUGCCUCACUCAGGACCUCAAGGACAACGUUCACUGUAGUUUCUAUUUUUCCAUUUGCUGACUGUUCUCUUGCUCCGGACUCUAUGCCUCAGCUGUAGUAAACGUUAUGGAGUUCUUUCCCGCUUUUUGGUACAGUAGGUAACUAACUCAGUAUUCCCGUCUUCUCAGCAAUAACAGGCAGCAGUGGGUGGGUUUUUUUAAGCAGUGGAUAUUACCUCAACAUUUUGGCAUCAGAUAUGCAAUCUUAAUGAGUUUUUUAUAUUCUAUUUGUAUUGUUUUCCUAGUGUUUCCUAUAGGGAUUUUGAUGGUUUGGAGGUUUUUUUGUUGUUGUUGUUUUUCUGGUACACACAUGAGAUGAGAUUUAAGGUGUUAUAUAUGCAAAUGCUUUAGGAAAAAAAAGCACCAUAAUUCCGGCAAUAAGGAAAAACUUCAGGAAGUUGGAGUCAAUUUUCUUAAAGCAUCUGCUGGGUGUUAUUCUUUAAACAAGCGUGUUACGUACGAAGCUCUAGUCCAUGAUCCGUCACUAACAUUUAAGCCUUUUCUGAGUCCAGCAAAAAGCACAAGAGGCCACACACUGAAGAAAAUGCAGCAGUGUAGAGAUUUCCUUAGACAAGAAGGCAGACAGUAGGGGUUAACCCUCCUUCUGCUCACGUUUGGUAGCCUUGGUUCUGAGUGGCUCUGUUGUUAAUGUGUCUUGCUGUCUUACAUUAAGGCAAUUGUGACGACGGACUGUUCCCAGUAGUUGGUUUUUUAGGCACCACUUCAUGGCAUGAGGAAAACCUAGGGGAAACCAUGACCUCAAGGAGGUCUUAAAGGAAAAGUUCCAGCGCAGUGCUGUGCCUCAGUGUGACCCAGGCCCUGAAGCAGAGUAAGCCUGCCUGUGGCCAGUGCAGUGCAGUUUCUGCUUGCAGACAGGAAGGAGGCACACAGAUGGCUACUGACCCGGAGCAUCUACAGAUGCCACAGAUCUGCAGCCGUCGUGCCAGUGCAGGAAACCGGGCGACCGACUCCAGCUGACUGGCUAGUCCUGAGAGCUCAGCAAUGUUCCCUCUGGUUGUGACUUGGGGGUUCUAAGAAGUUAACCAUCUGCUCACUGAGUCCACACCAGGAAAAGCCAGGGCCACAUGGAAGGCAAAAGUCAUGUACACAAAACCCGCUCCACCCAAAAAACCAGCAUUAGUAACUGAAAAGCUGUGUUCUUGGAGAAGUUUAAUGUCCUUUAGAGAUCAGGACCAGAAAACUCAAACUCCGUGUAAGCUUCAAAUUCUGAACUCAGUCACUCUCUUCGAGAGUCCUGUUAGCAGAGUUCAAGGUAGUUACGGGGCUUGCGUAUGCUGGAAGCUGCUCUGGUUUCACAUCCAGCAUCAACAGCAGCACCCUCCUUCCAGGUCCUUGAAGGCCUCAAGACCUUGUGCAGCCACCCCCUCAAAUCCACCCCACCUGGUAAGUAGACUGAUCAGAACUUGGCUGGGCCAAGUGCCUGCAGCCGGCUGUAUUCAAGGACAGCUGACACCAACAGCGCCAAGCAGCG